UAGUUUAUUAUUGUUUGUAUUUCGGAGUUUGGAUUUAAGGAAUUUAAUUUUUUAGUAUAAUAAUUAUUCUAAAACUAUGAUGAAGUGCAAAAUUUGUCUAAGAUCUAGCGAAAACUUGAAAAUGACGCAUUUUAAUGAAAAAUAUGUAUCACACUUUAAUUUAUUAACCGAUUUAAAGAUUCAACUUUGUGAUGUUAAGCGACAGCAAAUGUGUGAAUAUUGCCUUGAAAUGUUGAACUUGUUCGUGGAUUUUAGAAAUAAAUGCAUACAAGCUCAUAGUGCUUUCCAGGACAAAUAUAUUUUUGAAGAGAAGAUGAAAAUCGAAAACGAAUAUAAAAAUGUAAUUGAUGAAAGAAAUUAUAUAACCGAAGAUAAUAUUAAAAUAGAAACAAAUGUCAAUCAUGAUAUAUGUUCUGAUGACGAGCAUCCACGAGAUCUUAUAGAUUUAGAGGAUCAUCCAGUAAAUGAUCUACUUGAAGCAGUCAUAAAAAGUGAAACUAUCCAAGCUAAUUUUAGCAAGCAGAAAAAAGAAGUCAUUGUAGCACCCAGCUUCCGUUGUGGCUUAUGUACCAAACAAUUUGCUGAUAGAAGUAUCUUAUUGAAUCACUUAGAUAUACAUAGAAUUAAAUAUGAUAAAAUAUGCUCACUGUGUUUAGAGAGAUUUAGUGAUUGGCAGCAGCUACUUUCACAUAGACUGAAACAUCUGCAGUGGAAAGACAAAACAUGUCACCUUUGCGACAAAAGAUUUCAAUCAUCUAUCUAUUUGGAACACCAUUACAAAAAUGCUCACUCACCUGAUGAGAAAACUCAGUUAAGAUGUGUUCAAUGUUACAAAAUUUAUAAAACCCCGAGGCAAUUACGAAAACACAUCUGGGGAUGUCAUUCCAAUAAGAAAUUUAUGUGUGAUUACUGUUCGAAAGAAUUCACAAGUAAACAGCAAAUAAGGAUACACAUGGUGGUGCAUCUGGAAAACAAACCAUUUGCAUGUGAUUUGUGUGAGUUUUCAUGCAAAUUUAUUGGAAAUCUAAAAAGUCACAAAUUAAGGAGACACACGCCUAAAAGAGUUUACUGUAAUAAAUGCAAUCGAGUUUUCGGCAAUCAGCUCGUCCAUGACAACCACAAAUGUGUCCAAAAGUUGUUAGUGUGCUCGACGUGCGGUAAAACAUUUCAAGGGUCUAGACAGCGUAGCUCACCAGACACAUGUCGAGCCACGAGGCGGAGGGCCGGCACCGCUGCGAGCGCUGCCCCGCCGUGUACAAGACGCGCGACGCCCUGCGCGCGCACCGCGACCGGCACGACGGGGUGCGCUCCAAGCGCUGCGAGUACUGUCCCAAGACCUUCUACACCACCUCCGUGCUCAUCAAGCAUCGCCGCACGCACACAGGUAUUAAACCAUACGUCUGUAGAAUAUGUCAAAAGGCUUUCACUGGAAAUAACAAUCUCAAAGUACACAUGCGAGUUCACGGCGAAUACGUAAUUACGAAAAAAGUUCAAAGCGAUGUAGAAAAUACGAAUAGUAAGCUGGCGAAAUGAAUAGAAAUACUUAAACGAUUAUGUUUUUAUAUUGGCAAUAAAGUUAAGUAUUCCUCAUUUGGUAUGAAAACCGAUGAAUAUGGAACAUCGUAU